UCCAGUCAGUUGUCAGGAAACUGCGCGAGCGUUCGGAUCGUAUUUGGCCGAAGUCCUCUGAGCUGAUCGUUUUGUGCGGUUCAACAUCGGUUCACUUUGUCUGUGUAUUGUUUCUUCCUAAAGUGGCAAAGAUUUCCUGAAAAUUUAACAUUGGCAAAUUGAUAGGCAGGCUCCGUACAUAAGCGAGAAAUAGCAAACAGCGAAGUGGAACUGAAACGAUUAUUAGCACAGAAACAGAUUACCGAAUCGGCGACUCGACGGCUUUGUGUGUUACCGCGCGCGUUCCGUAACUGAAGCGAAAACCCGUUGUUGACUCCGGUGCGCCACACCAGCCAUCACUGGCAGGCAAGUGAAAGUGGUACGUGGAAGUUAGACUACCAACCCGGUUUCGAGCGACUCGUCGGUACCAGUUUGGUGUGUCUUCGGCUGUGGUUUUUCUCUCUCUUCUUCGACCGUUAAGUGAAGUUGAAGGUGCCGUAACCGUCUUCCACAAUUGCCAUUAGCCGAAUUGUGAAGUCGGUCUGUGGUUUUGUAAUCCAACGACGUCGUAGGAAUUACCCAACGGUACGAGAAUUCGGUACGUUUGCCGCGCUCCGUAAGGUAUGUGUAUACCGCCGUAGCGCAACUGACGAUUGUCGCUGUUUCAACGAACCAAGGUCGAACAACAAUCGCAUUAGUCAAUAAAGCCAGCAAGACUUUGUACUUUGAACGCUCACACAAACACACAUACGCACACCCCCUAAUAGCGAUCGGCGGUAACUGCAGCAGCAUCCGGCACAAUGUCUGCGAAAGCGAUACGCGAGGCCACCGGAAAAGACAUCAUCAAUCGGCACCUGACGGGAGCAGAUCACGGUGCGGCCAAGUGCCGGUUCGCUUCCGUCGACGAAACCACACAAUGGUCACAGCUGGUGGUUGAAAAUCCGUGGCUGGAAACCACCCCACUUGUCGUGAAGCCGGAUCAGCUGAUCAAACGGCGAGGAAAGCUAGGACUGAUUGCCGUCAACAAAAAGUUCCCCCAAGUGAAGCAAUGGGUCGACGAACGCAUGGGCAAGGAUCAGAAAGUAGGCAACGCUACCGGCAAGCUGCGAAAUUUCAUCAUUGAACCGUUCGUCCCACACAAAGAUAAUGAGGAAGCAUAUGUGUGCAUCUACUCUCACCGAACCGCAGACACCAUUCUUUUCUAUCAUCAAGGAGGUGUCGAUAUUGGUGACGUAGAUUCCAAAGCACUGAAACUGGACGUACCUGUGGGACAAGAUGUUUCCGUUGGUGACAUUGAAAAGGUGUUGCUGACCGAAGUGGCUGCUGCUAAAAAGAAGAGAAUCGCAAGCUUUGUCUUCAAUCUGUACAAACUUUAUGUGGAUUUGUACUUUACAUAUUUGGAAAUCAAUCCACUGGUGGUAACCGACACCUCCAUCUACAUUCUUGACUUAGCAGCAAAGGUUGACGCCACGGCUGAUUUCAUCUGCCGUCCAAAGUGGGGUGAAAUCGAUUACCCACCACCGUUCGGACGUGACGCAUAUCCGGAGGAGGCCUACAUCGCCGAUCUGGAUGCGAAGAGCGGUGCCUCACUGAAGUUGACCAUUCUCAACCGGAACGGCCGAAUAUGGACGAUGGUGGCUGGUGGAGGUGCAAGUGUCAUUUAUUCCGAUACCAUCUGUGAUCUGGGCGGUGCCACUGAGCUUGCCAACUACGGUGAAUACAGUGGUGCUCCGUCGGAACAGCAAACCUAUGAGUACGCCAAGACCAUCCUGAGCUUGAUGACGAGCAGUCCGAAGCAUCCGAAAGGCAAGAUUCUGAUUACCGGCGGUGGUAUUGCCAACUUCACCAACGUGGCUGCUACCUUCAGUGGUAUUAUUACGGCCCUGCGGGAGUUCCAACAGAGACUGAUCGAGCAUAACGUGUCCAUCUUUGUGCGCCGUGCUGGUCCCAACUAUCAGGAAGGAUUGCGAAAGAUGCGUGAAAUCGGCAGCAGUCUGGGAAUUCCGUUGUACGUGUUUGGUCCGGAAACCCACAUGACCGCCAUCUGUGGUAUGGCUCUCGGAAAGAAACAAAUUCCCAAGAGCUGCAACGUGCACUUUGCCACUGCCAAUUUCUUGCUCCCCGGUGGACAGCAAGCAGCGGAAGCAGCAAAAAAGGGUUCCACAUCUAACGACAUGGCGAAUGGUGGAAGUACAGUCAAGUAUGCCCAUGCGAAGCUGGGUUCCGGCGAGUAUCAGCGCAUGUUCAGCAACCGCACCAAAGCGCUCGUUUGGGGCAUGCAGACUCGUGCCGUGCAGUCGAUGUUGGAUUUCGAUUUUAUCUGUCGCCGCGAUGAACCAUCGGUGGUGGCAAUGGUGUACCCUUUUACCGGUUACCACAAGCAAAAGUUCUACUGGGGCCACAAGGAAGUGCUGAUUCCGGUGUACUCCAAGAUGUCCGAAGCCAUCAACAAGCACAAGGAGGCCGAUGUUUUGGUUAAUUUUGCCUCGCUACGGUCAGCUUACGAGAGUUCGAUAGAAGUGCUGGAUUAUCCGCAGAUUCGUACGAUUGCCAUCAUUGCCGAAGGUAUUCCGGAGAAUUUGACUCGCAAGCUAAACAUGGAAGCUCGCGCAAAGAAUGUGUCGAUUAUCGGUCCUGCCACGGUUGGUGGCGUUAAGCCAGGCUGUUUCAAAAUCGGCAACACUGGCGGUAUGUUGGAUAACAUUCUGCACUCCAAACUGUACCGUCCAGGAAGCGUGGCCUACGUUUCCCGCUCGGGAGGUAUGUCGAACGAGUUGAACAAUAUCAUUGCACUCACCACGGAUGGUGUUUUCGAGGGUGUCGCCAUCGGUGGCGAUCGCUAUCCGGGAACUACCUUCAUGGAUCACAUAAUGCGCUACCAGGCCGAUCCGGACGCCAAGAUGAUUGUGUUGUUGGGUGAAGUCGGUGGCGUAGAGGAGUAUGAGGUCUGUGAAGCGCUGCAGGAUGGCCGUAUCACAAAACCAUUGGUCGCUUGGUGUAUCGGAACCUGUGCCGGUAUGUUCACCUCGGAGGUGCAGUUUGGUCAUGCCGGGUCUUGUGCUAACUCGGACCGUGAAACGGCUUCGGCCAAGAAUAAAUCGUUGGCUGCAGCGGGAGCUCAUGUGCCCGAUUCGUUCGACACGCUGGGUGAUCUGAUCGGAUCCGUGUACGCUAAUUUGGUCAAAAGUGGUGUCAUUGUUCCGGCUGAAGAAGUUCCACCGCCGACCGUUCCCAUGGAUUACUCGUGGGCUCGCGAGUUGGGACUGAUUCGUAAGCCGGCUUCAUUCAUGACAUCGAUAUGCGAUGAACGAGGUCAGGAGCUGUUGUACGCUGGCAUGCCAAUCAGUGAUGUGCUCCAGAAAAACGUCGGUAUUGGCGGUGUUGUUUCACUGCUCUGGUUCCAGCGAUGCCUACCACCGUACGUAUGCAAAUUCUUCGAAAUGUGUCUGAUGGUUACGGCCGAUCACGGACCAGCGGUGUCCGGUGCACACAACACGAUUGUGUGCGCCCGUGCCGGAAAAGAUUUGGUAUCUUCAGUGGUUAGCGGAUUGCUCACGAUUGGAGAUCGAUUCGGUGGAGCUUUGGAUGGUGCCGCUAAGCAAUUCUCCGAAGCUUAUGAUUCGAAUCUACAUCCGAUGGAUUUUGUUAACAGCAUGCGAAAGAAGGGUCAACUGAUCAUGGGUAUCGGUCAUCGUGUAAAGUCGAUCAACAAUCCGGACAUUCGAGUGAAGAUCAUCAAGGAGUUUGUAAUGGAAAACUUCCCAGCCAAGCCUCUGUUGGAAUACGCACUGGAGGUGGAAAAAAUCACCACCAGCAAGAAGCCUAAUCUGAUUCUGAACGUAGAUGGUGUGAUCGCUACCUCCUUCGUUGAUAUGCUGCGGAACUGUGGAUCGUUCACGAGCGAGGAAGCUCAGGAAUACAUCAACAUCGGUGCGAUCAACUCGUUGUUCGUGUUGGGCCGCAGUGUCGGAUUCAUCGGUCACUACAUGGACCAGAAACGUUUGAAGCAGGGUCUGUACCGUCAUCCUUGGGACGAUAUCUCCUACGUACUGCCAGAGCAGUACAACUAAAUGCCAGCCAGCAACAUGCUGUAGAUCGGAACCUGACGAUGCACAACACGGGAGAUGCCUGUAUUUUAGUUUUUUUUUUCUUUCUGUUCAUCAAUUUAGUCACUUUUUGCCAGGGAUGAAAAUUUUUAAUACAAUCGGACAAAGCCCCCGCAGCUUCGGGUAUCUGUGCCGCAGAAUCUCGUUCUCAAUGUAGGUUUAGAUGCGAUGGAUAACUUCUGGGUACACAUCCGACUCAUUCCAUUGGUUAGCUUCGGUUUGUAAAUCCAAUUUUUUUUUGGUCCCGUUCACUGUUACACUCAUGCCUGUCAACACCGUCAACAACCGCCUCCAUCAUUGAUAAUGCAUUUAAUCUUCCGAAGGAGCCGAUAUCUUUUCCCGGAAAUUAAAGAUCCAUCACACUUAAAAAAUAAAUUAUGGCGACAAUGUAAAAAAAAACAUGAAAUCGCCAUACAAAACAAGCACGUGUAAGAGAGAUGGCAUUGUUUGGAAAGCAAGGAUAAUGCAAAAAAAAGAUAACUAUUUAAAUUCAAAUCAAAUUUUAGUUAAUUGCUACCUGUAAGAUCAGAUAUUUAUGUCUCAAAAUUUUCGAUCAUAGACACAGUCAGUCAGUGUAUGGAACCUUUGUGAAAAACAAACGAAUGAAAGAACUUUCGUUUACUGAACUCUUCCUAACGUUACUAAAAUAUGUAAAAAAAAUCUUUCACAUUUUCAUGUUUUUGUAGUUUCUCUCACCACCGUUCAGUUCACAUUCAUUUCUAUUUUGCCUAGACAAAAAAGCAACCAUUUUGCUCAUGAACAUUAGACGAAUUAGGUUUUACUAAAGACUCAACACUACAUCAAUGAUUUGUUUUUUAUUUAAGUGGAUCAUUAGUUUUACAGUUUUAUUGUAAUAAACCGAUGAACAUUUCCUUCAUACUUUUGUUUUGUUCGUUUGUUUGGUUUUACUCUGAAACAUUCCCCUUUUGGUUUUUUGUUCUGUCAAAACUAUCACUGCGGUACGUUAGAUUGGAUGUUAUUGUUGAAGUCUGUUUCUUGCACCAAUUAGUAUGUGAACCUCUAUGCUAGACAAUGAGGGGUAAGUACAUAAGCCUCGAUUUGUUCACAUUUGCACCAAAUCUAUGGAGAAAAGCUGUGAAAGCUAUAAAAAUUGUUGAACUGCACAAAAAAGACAUACAUGAGUAUAACUUGCACAAUCGAAAUAUUUGAUUAUUAUACGUAAUGGACAUUUGGAUCUGCACCAUAUUUAGGGCCGCUGUAUUGGAAGUACCUGUCAUGUCAUGAAAAUGAGCUAUCAAGUACCUAAGCACAGGGAAAGAAGCGGUCAGAGAGAAUAACUUGCACAAGAUUUCAAUGUGUAGUGGAAAACGCAAUGGUAUCGCAGUGAACAAGCUUAAAAUAAAUUCUAUCAUAGUAGUAUAAA